GUUGAUCGUACAUUUAUUUGCAGUGAUAUGGCGUCGACAAAGGCGGUAGUGGCAACCCUCACGACCAAAUGCGCCAACAAGACAUCGGUGGCAUGCGUGGUUAACGGAACCACAGAAGUAGACGUGCCAUUGUCGUCCAGCAGCUCGUCCUUCUACGUUCCCAACGGCGUCGAGUACAUUGAGUACUUCCCGUCGCAGCCAACCACCAUUUAUGUUGAAGGCGACGUUGGAAGUAAAGUCAAUCGACUGAACCCUGAUCUGACGGUGGACCACAAGAACACCCCUCUCAAAGUUCAAUCCUUGAGCUUCCGGUACCAAAAGCUCACUGAAGCUGUGAAUUUCGUCAAGUGGCCGGCGUCGCUUCGAUCCUUGGACCUCACUGGCAACGACAUUCACACGAUGAACCAAAGCUUCAGUGUGCCACCCAAGCUUCAAGUGCUGAGUGUGUCGACGAACGAAAUGACGACGUUUGAUACCGUCACGUUGCCCGAAUCGCUGCAGUCCAUCAACUUGGACAUCAACGACUAUGACGUGUUCAAUGUCGACGCGCCCACGUUUAUUGUGCUGAAGAAUGCGUCCGUGUACACGGACAGGAUCAUCCGCCCCACGGCGGCUUGCACCGGCACCAAGCAGACCUUUAACGGCACUCCAUUCCCGCCGUCCAAGUUCAGCAAACCGACCUCGGCACUCCUCCACACGGCGUGUGUGGUGGCCCCUGUCGCAGCGACUACAGGACCCUCGCUAUCCAAAUCUCCCGUCGUUGUUGUCAAUGAAGAUGCCACUACUACCCCGCCUGGAAGUGCCACCGCCGCCGCCAAAGACAACGCAUCUUCAUCGUCGUCUUCCCUCGGCAUGAUCGUUGGACUAGCCGCCGCCGGGAUCGUCGUCGUGGGGCUUGUGGGUUUGUUCAUCGUUCUUCGCCAACGGCGCAACAACACAAACUCCCGUCAUUUCAAGCCUACGACGGCGAUUCUGGGCGAAACCCAUUCGGACCACAACAACGUUGCCGCCGAGUACCACAUUCCGACGACGAGUAAAAGCAGCAGCGAUGGCUCGAAUCAUCCGCUGGCCAAUGGAACCAUGACCUCGGGCGACGGCAACAACCUUAGCAAGUACAACAGCUCAUCUCAGUACACCAAUGGGAGCAGCAACUACAACCAAGACGCCAGUACGUUUGCGUACAGGUACGACAUCCGCGGCGACGCAGACUUGAUCAACUUUCGCAUUCCCAAGCGGGAGCUCCAAAAUCGCUCCGUGUGUGGGUCUGGUGGAUUUGCCACCGUGUAUCGCGCAACGUUCCACGACCAGGUGGUCGCCGUCAAGGAGCUCACGGCCAGCAUGCACGCCCAGCACCGCCACAUCCAGGCCUUUAUGCACGAGAUCAAGCUGCAUGCAACGCUCAACCACGGCAACAUCGUGCGCUUCAUUGGGGCAUCGUGGACCACCUUGAACGACUUGGCGGUAGUGUCCGAGUUCAUGUCGGAAGGCGACUUGCGCGACUUUUUAGCGCGCGACGCAGUGUCUCAGCAUCUCCCGUGGUUUCAACCGUCCACACAGCAAGAGGGGCGGGGACAGUUCUGUACGAAACUGUCGCUGGCCGUGAAUUUGGCAGACGCUGUCACGUACUUGCAUUCGUUCGAUCCACCGAUUUUGCAUCGCGAUUUGAAGUCGCGCAACGUGUUGUUGUCCGACACGUUCACGGCCAAACUCACGGACUUUGGCAUUUCGCGAGAACUGGCCGAUGACACGAUGACGUCGGAAGCGGGGACGGCGGCAUGGACUGCGCCUGAGGUGCUCACCAACAACGGACACUACAACGAAAAGGCAGACAUGUAUUCGUUUGGAGUCGUCCUCUCGGAGCUGGACACGUGGCAAAUCCCAUAUUCGUCGACGUCGUCCCAGUCAUCGAAUGGACCGAAUGGGUACUCAAACGUGCAGAUGGCGAUGCUAGUUGCCGCGGGAAAGUUGGCGCCAUCGUUCCGGUCAGACUGUCCGCCAGAAGUGCUGGCGCUUGCUCGGGCGUGCCUGAGCAUGGACCCAGACAGUCGACCCACAGCGUCGAUCGUCGCGUACGAACUCCGCCGUCUCCAGUCGGCCAAGUUGACACAGCAACGGAACGAGUAACACGAUGACAAAUGGUGUUUUUUGUUGCCUGACGGACGUGAAGGAUACAUAC